UGACCGUCCGCAGGGAGGAGGUGAACGCAGCGUCUGGGGGACUAGAGCCGAUCUGCUGCCAGCCUCACUCACUAACAUCACCACCGCCCAUAAACUGCUAAUAUACAGGAAAUGAACCGUCUGUUCCGUUAACAUCGUUCCAGCAGCGGUGGUCGUGAUUUUUCUCCCCCGGUGCCGCUCGUUGUGUAACGUUUACCGGCCGUAGUUUGUCUGAUGUGCAGCAUCAACUGGACUAGUUAGCUGCUUUAUCUCCGGUUAGCUGCUGCUUUGGACCGAACCGACGCUCACUUCCACCGUUAAACACCCGUCCGCCCGAAACAUGGCAACCCAGAUCGAUAAGGAGGCUUGUAGGGAGGCUUACAACCAGGUCCGGGACGACAACUCGGAGACCAACUGGGCUGCCUUCAAGUAUGAGGGCUCUACGAUCGUGCCUGCAGGACAAGGGACCGACUAUGACGACUUUAAGGCGAUGUGCACAGACGACGCUCGUCUGUUCGGUUUCGUCCGGAUCACGACGGGAGACGCGAUGAGCAAACGAGCCAAGUUCACCCUGAUCACCUGGAUCGGAGAAAACAUCAGCGGCCUGCAGCGAGCCAAGAUCAGCACCGACAAGACGCUGGUCAAAGACAUCGUGCAGAACUUUGCCAAGGAGUUCAUGAUCAGCGACGCUCGGGAACUGGACGAGGACUACAUCCGCACGGAGCUGAAGAAGGCCGGCGGGGCAAACUACGACGCUCAGGCCGAGUAGAGGAGCUCCACCGGACGGGUCGGGGUUCGGGUGGUCGGGUUGGGUAGUCCAAACGGGGCGGGAGGGUCGGGGCAGGGCAGGGCUGCUACCUCCAGGAGGAGACGGAGGGCGGGACGGAGAGACCUCUAGAUACCUACAAUAAUGUAAAACUCUCUGUUACUAAAGACACUCAGAGGUGUUAAAGCGCUUAUACACUCGAUUUUAAAGCGUCUUGAAAAGAUGCUGCAGCUUUUACAAACUUACUUAAAACAGUUUCUGUUUCAGCAAAAUCAAAAGAAGAAAGACCAGAUACACUAACAUGUUGAAGCUACAUGUUAAAGGAAUCCUUACUUAUGUUUGGAAAUGCUUUGAAAAUACCAGCUUUAGUAGCUGGAGCUAGCAGCUAUGUAGCUUAGCUUAGCGUAAAGACUGGAAACAAGUGGAAACAGCUAGCAUGGAUAAUUGUCAUCACAACAUAUUCAUAUUUAUUGUUUGGAGCUAACAGCUACGUAGCUUAGCUUAGCAUAAAGACUGGAAACAAGGAGAUACGGCUGGUGUGGAUCAUCAUCCAUCAACACAAAUUCACUUUUUUGUCCUGUUUGUUUAUUCUGUACAAAAAAUUAGGUGUAAAAACGAGACAGAAAAACAUUUAUGUUAGUCCAGAAAAAACCUCCCAAGUUGAUUACUUAAAAUAAUACUUUUUAGUAUUCCAAGUUUUCACAAAUGUUUUAUGUGUAAACAUGCAAAUGAGGUACUAUCUCUUAAAUAUAUUUGCAUAAAUUUCCAGAACAUUGGAUAACGUUGGAAAGCUAGCUUCAGAGCUAGCAUCAAAGCUAAAUCAGCACAUUUUUAAUUUAUUUAUUUUAUUGGGAAUCUGCAAAAAAAAAAUACAGAUAAUCAGAAAAUGCUAAAGAUGGAUAAGUUGUUAAGUUUAUUUUCCAGCUUUUACCAGCAUCAGGACACCUGUUUCUUCCAAGUUUUAGCCUUCAUGCUAAGCUAAGCUAACCGGCUAGCAACAGAAAACGUCCCGAGGAUCAAUGCUGAGCAGUUUUAAUGAGGUUUCUGCCCCAUAUUACUAACGAACACAUUACAUAUGUGAUGCACACUGACUGUUACAGACUACACUCUUUUUAUUAUCUGUUUUUGAUUUGUUUAGCCCAGUAACAUUCUGAAAAGGCUAAACGAUGAUCUUAGCAUGUACUGUAUAUAGACUAGCAUUGACAGAUAUGAGAGAGGCGUUAAAAACAAAGUAAUGUUCACCCUGAAUGAGCACAAAGUCUGCACGUUAGCCGCCACAAAUGCUAAAUCCGGUGUAUAGGCGCUGCUAAAGAUGGCCGCCUCUCCGUCCGGCCUGCCGCCUCCUCCCCGGUCAGCUCAUGGUUGGUUCUACUGUGCUGUGCAUCAUCAUCUCACACUCAUCCUCAUCUCAGCACGAAGCCGCGGUCGAGACUUCGGCGCCGCACGUCGAGGAUAAUCUAACGAGGAUGUGAAUUUAAAAACGACAAACAAACUGAAGGGUUUCACUUCAAAAUGAAUAAAAAAAAAACAACCCGGUGAGGCUGCAUCAGACUGCAGACGUCUCGCUUUUGAAAUGACACCCUUCUUUCGCUCGCAGGCAUGUGUUUGACACCAGAACAUGCUCUUAGUCAUGAUACACUGAACCUCCAGGGGGGAAAGACCUCCAUUUUCCAGCGGUAUCCUUGGUGACGGUUGGCGGCGUGUUUAUUCUACCGCUGAGUCACACCGCCGAGCCGCCUCUUCAUCUCCGAGCAGACAGCUGUGUUUGGUUUUACAGCCGCCUUCGGGCUUUCUUGGGUUCUGUGCAGCCGAAAUGGCAACGAAUGAUGUGUCUUUUUUUAGAUAUUUUGCCGUAAAACAACGAAUAUAUCGAUCCUCCAGCGGCAGAUCGCAACACCUCAAAGGAUGUUGGGAAUGGAGGUCUUUUCUCCUGGUGUCUCAUCUCACGAUUUACCACUUUAAGGUAUCCAUGCAUACUGUAACCUACUGUGUUUGACUGCCUUAGUCUCCCAUGGAGAGAGGGGCAUCAUGGGAGUUUGUGGACACUACACUGUGAUUGGCUGCCCUCCUCCACUGGGAUGUCGGGCUCAGGUUCUUCAUCCCGACCCAGGAGGAGCCACGUCUCGGUCGUAGCAUCUUUUUGUUUUUCAUUUGGUUUCAACCCUCCCUUCCUUCCCCUUCCUCCUCCCCUCCUGCAAAAAAAAGAAGAAAAUUAGGAUUUUUUGUUUGGUUUUCUUCUUGUUUUAAGAUGAAUUUUAUUUUCUCUUAAGAGUUUUACCUGAUGAUUUGAUUUUUUAAGAGCAUUGUUAUCUUGGACAUUUUGGUGGAAGAGAUUUUCAAAAAACAAAAAAAAACAAAAAAAGAAAUCAUGCAAAAAAGAAAGAAAACAGAACGGGCACAAGAUCAGUCAUUUCAAAAUAAAAAUUGAUGUUUUUUUCCAGAA